GGAAACAAGAGAAGAUCCAGGACAUCCAUGACAUCCCAGCGCCGUUUGUUGAUUGACGCCAAGAAUUGUGCCUCUGUUAUCCUCUACUGUGCACAUAUACAUACGGCCUGUCUAUACACAACCCUCUCUCUCUCCCACACUCUCACUCACUCUUAUGGGAUACACUCCUCCUCCUCCUCUCCUUCUUCCCUCCUCUUCUUAACAUUAUCUCUUCUUCUAUACUUCCCAGCGCCUGCGCUUUUAACAAACGUUCGUUCUCGCCCUGCGCAAUCACACCCUGCGCACAUUCCUACCGUCUGCGCGAGCCCUCCUCGAGGGAGUUUCCGUCCCCAUUGUUCGCAAACAUUCCACACCAACGCAGAUAGGCUUCCUGCAUCGAUCGAAUACAAUCGUUGCGGAUCCUCUCUCCGGUAGAAAUGUCGCGAAACGAAGCGGUAAGAUAACCUGAACAUGCUAUCAGCCGCCCUCAAAGUGGUCCUUGUCGCUGAUGUGGAAUCACUUCAACAGGUAUCGCCGCUGCGCAUAAACAAAACGCCCAACGGUUCACCCACCAAGCCAGUAUCGCGGCCGCUCUCUGAGAUCGGUCCCACCGAACACAGAAGGAACUCUCCGAGCUUCAACCAAGCUACCAAGAAGAUGAUGUUUACCAAAGAAGCUUCGCCUUUCGACACUUCCUCGCCUUUCACAAACAGCCCGCGUUUGUUUUGGAAGGAGCAGACCAUCUCGCCAAAGGCCCGCUUCGGCUCAGAGAACGAUUCCGACCGUGAUCUGUCGCUCUCGCCCAAGCGCUCCUCCAUUGAGAAUCUCAAGAAGGCCUCUCGUGUAAAGAACAGCAGCAUGUUUGCCCGUGAGCAGAAGAACGAAUACGAUCCCGCCUCAGUCCAAGUCCCUAAUCGCCCUCUUGCUUCCGGCCGUCCCUUGAGCUAUCAGGUCCAGGGCAACGCCUUCGGUGGUAACGGUCUUGCUGGCUUGCGCCAACAGAACGAAGAACACAAGGGUCACCGCCGUGGUGAGAGCCUGAGCAAGAUCCCGACUCUCUCACCAUCCAAGACAUCUCCAGCCAAGCUACCUACUCAGUCAUCUUUUAGCUCAUUCACACAAGAGAACUCCUCACCUGCCGAGGGUCGUGCCUCGCCUACUAAGUCUUCGCUGGUCAGCCAUGGCCGCUUCAACUCAUUCGAUUACAACCCCGAGUCAAGCAUCUGGUCUGAUGAUGAAGAGCUCAAGCAUCAGACCCCCCGUCCUCUGCGUCGGCAUGCAAAGAGCGUUACUUUUGAUGCCGCUCCACCAACCAUCAACGAGUAUGAGAUGGUAACUCCAGACCCAUCAUCGAUCGCAUCCGACUCGCGAGAGGGUAGCUACGAAUCAGACGAGGAAGACAUGAGUUUCGAUCAAGACGACAGCUUUGAUGCCUCUCUCGAGGAUACAGACAAGACACCUGUGGUGUUGCCCGAAGACUGGCGUCAUAUGAGUCCCGAAGCAGCAAACACGUCAUUGGCAGAUACGUGGGACGACGUGUUUGAUGGCCGCGACAACAGCCCAAUGCCAAAUGCCCAGCCCAUUGCCGCCACAAAGCCCAAUGGAUCGCGACACGGCUCCACAAACUCUGAAGGCGAGGCACGGCCCUUGCCCCCUCUGCCUGGUAUGCAGGCAUUUGACGACCGCAAUCGACGAGAUUCCAGCAUUGGUUUGUCCGCUGCUGCAGAGCGCGCUAGUGGUGCUCGUCGUUCGUUGCCUCAGCCACCUCAAGCGGCGGGUAUCUCCAAGGCCGAUCUCCUUAACAUGCGCGAGGGAUCGAUGUCUUUGGAAGACCGGCUCCGAUUGAUGAACUUCGAUGACGAACGUGAUACCCAAACACCUACCCAGGAGAGCGAGGAUAAGAAAAUCGCUCAAGUGGAGGUUGCUGAAGUGGACGAUGUAACAGAGUCUGAGAUCAUUGAGAGCCCCAAGGUCCAAAGAAUCUCGCGCGAGUCAAUUCUUCGAAAGGUCAAGAGCCGUAACUUUGACGACUACGAGACUUAUGACUUUGAUCCUGAGUCAAGCCCAGAGCGUAGCUAUGGCGACCUUGCUGACCUUGACCCGGAUGUUCCCAUUCCAUCACGAGAGGUCUCGUCCAACUUUGACGAAACUGCACACGAGCAGGCCAACAACACUGAGGAUGAGAUGGACAGCGUUCUCGAGGCAUACUCUAUGGCCGAGACUACUGAGGUCUACGCAGAGACGUCUGAGAUCUCUCAAAUGGAGGAGUAUGACUGCUCUGUUAUCCAUCAUAUUAUUAAAGAAGAACCUCGCGAGGAAGAUGAAGCGAGCCAAUAUUCUUCCCAACAAGAGGAGCAGCCAACAUCUCAGAGCACCAUUGACACCUCCGGACCUCCAACGCCAACAGCUCUGGAUUCUUCACCCAAUGCUGCGGACAAGGGAAGCAGGCGCAGUGAGCUGUUCGCUUCCUUUGCCGAUACUGAGAUGGAUCUCCACCUCGAUCCAUUGAAGGCUUCGUUUGAGACUGCACCUAGCCCUCUCGACACUGCACCCAAGAUUGGCGCUAUGCGAGAGUUCUUGCGUCGACCGGAGACACCAGAUGCCACCGAGGAAGACCUCGAUGUUGAAGAACCUGGCACACCUGACUCCGUUAUCCGCCAUCCUGUCGUUGAAGAACCCGAGCAGGUCGAGCAGGUUGAGAACGUCGAGCAAGCAGAGGAGGCUGAGGAUGCUAAAGAGGCCGAGAAGGAGGCUGAAGUUGAGCCUGAAUCACCUGCCGUUCCUGAUCCCGAGGCUACUGUUCGGGGCGCUGGUGGCAAGCUCAAGACUCGCCCAUCUCUCAUUCCCGCAGAUAUGGAUAUGGCCGCGACACGUAGGCAAGUAAGCGGCGAGCAUCCUCCUCCAGUUCCCCAACGAAGCCCAAAACGCCAAUCGUUGAGCUUGGACUUCGGUUAUGUCGAAGAGGAGAGUUCGCAAGCAUCGAACGUGGACAAUUCCCGCAUGCUUGACAUUGCAAUUGGUGAAGAUUCCAACGAUCUGAGCUUUGGUCUUGACAAGGAUUUUGAUAAAAUCAUCGAAGCACAGAAGGUAGACUUCCUAUUUCCUUUACCCUCCUUUGCCCAGUUCCCAACAUCAUCGGCUGCACAAACUCAUGGUGCGAAUUUGAUGAGCGGAGAGGGUUUUGUUUAUACUCACGAACCGACAACUAAUACUUCUGGACGGGAACAGAAAGGAUAUCUUAUGCGACAAAAUACCAAGGUUGUUGUUGCCAGCAGCCGCCAGUUCAGCGACGAGAAGCCACCUACGGGUUCUUCCGAUAAGCCGGCCCAGUCAGCUGCCUCGCGUAAGACGAGUGCAGAGCGCAAGCCUGCUUGGACCACUGAGCCCUGGAAUGGUAAGGCAAGGCGGAGGAGCAUCCGAACAACUUCUGGGACUCGCCGCGCUGCUCCUUCCGGUCCAGCACCUCCCCUUCCUGGACAAGAAUCCGCGGUUGCCGGUGGGCUUGACUCGGUUGAGGAACAGAACAGUGAAGAGUUUGAAGAUGGUGCUGAGCGCGGACGCCUGUUCGUCAAGGUAGUAGGCGUGAAAGAUCUGGAUCUUCCCUUGCCAAAGAACGAGAAGACAUGGUUCCAACUCACUUUGGACAAUGGAUUGCACUGUGUGACAACAUCAUGGCUAGAGCUCGGCCAUAGCGCACCAAUUGGACAAGAGUUCGAACUUGUAGUCCUUGACGAUCUUGAAUUCCAGCUCACUCUCCAGACCAAACUGCAGCCACCUGCAAAGGCUCCGGUUACUGCAGCACCCGUCAGGGUUGUCAACCACAAGAAAUCUCAUUCCGCCUUCCGCAACCUCCUGUCUUCGCCCAAGAAGCGUAAGGAACAGGAGCGCAAGCAACAAGAGGAGGCGGAACGUCUUGCUCAGCAACAACAGCAACAGCAGGAAGCCCAAGCUAAGCGUAACCACCAAGCCACCGCUUGGGACCUCUUGCACGGCUUGGUUGGUCCUGACGGUUCCUUCGCUCGCGCUUAUGUGUGCCUUAAGAAUCAUGAGAACCAGGCGUACGGUCGUCCUCUCAACGUGGACAUCCCGUGCUUCAACGAGUGGGCAGUUGACGACUCUGGAGUGAGCAGUGUCAAGAGCAAACGAGGAGGCGUCGUUCGCCGCCCACCAUACCGAGUCGGCAAGCUUGCACUACAGCUACUGUACGUGCCUAAGCCUAAGAAUGCCAAGGACGAGGACAUGCCCAAGAGCAUGAAUGCCUGCGUUCGUGAGCUGAAGGAGGCCGAAGAGGUGAAGGGAAAGACCUGGGAAGGUCAUCUAAGCCAACAGGGUGGUGACUGUCCUUACUGGCGCCGUCGCUUCUUCCGUCUUGCAGGCACUAAGUUGACUGCUUACCACGAAUCGACACGGCAACCGCGUGCUACCAUCAAUCUAGCAAAGGCAACUAAGCUCAUUGAUGAUAAGAGCGCUCUGCAGCAACCCUCUUCCACAAAGUCCGGCGGGCGUCGCAAGUCUGCUUUCUCUGAAGAAGAGGAAGGCUACAUGUUCGUUGAGGAAGGGUUCCGCAUCCGGUUCGCCAACGGCGAAGUCAUCGACUUCUACGCCGACAGCACGGAACAAAAGGAAGGCUGGAUGAAGGUCUUGUCCGAGACUGUUGGCAAGGAUCUUGCUACUAGCAAAGCCUGGACACAAAUGGUCAUCGACAAGGAGCGUCAAGACAAGGCACGUUCAAAGGGUGUAGCCCAGCCCGCACCGCCGAAGGAUGCGUUCAAUGGCACACAACAGCAACGCCCGCGGUCGCAUGAAGGCCUCGCGAGCAAGUCAGCGCCAUCAAGUCCUGUGAAGGGUCAUUCGAGAACUAAAUCACAUGUGCCUAUGUCCCAGGCUCCCCCACCACCCAUCGAGAAGGACGCCAGGCAUAAGAUGGCAGCACCGCGGCAACAGCAGCAAGCUGCUUCAAAUUCAUCUCGCCGUGAACAAGUUCGUUCGAUGAUUUUCUAAUUUCCUAGGACGGGUUCUGGUUCCUUCAUCUAAGCCAUUUUGUGGAAGCUCUCGCCACUCUAGAUUCCAUUCUCCGAGAUGUAAAAAGGCAUCGCUGCCCUGGAGGUUGCGACGACAUUCAUGGUCGCUCUGUCUUGCGACCCUAACUUCUUCUUACUCGAUUGCAAGAACGACUCUGUUCUGUACAAACUACACUAGGUCUACUACCUAAAUCUCUUUUCCUUGGUUGCAAUUUUGAUUCAUAAGGGGCUCCAUGAGGAUCCAGCGCUGUUAUUCAUUGGUUUGUUAUUGCUGAGCACUAUACGGCUCCAAAUGGAGUUUGGUCUUGGGCGGACAUCCGGUACAUGUUUAUGAUAAUACCUCUGCUUAAUGAUUGAAGAUGAGGUACGAUGCAGAGAGUGUAAGAC